GCUGGUGUAAUCCUGAAACGUCAACCUUCAAAAACUACCUACCUACCUCGUCCUCUCUGUACCCAAAGCCCUCCACCAUGAACUACAAGUGCUGGGUCGAACCGGAAAUCGACACUCAAGCCCCAAUCCUUUUCGUGGAUAACAUUCUGCAUUCCACGAAACUGGUGCACGACAUCCGAAGGCAGCGGGAAAUCGCACGCGAAAACAAACAACUAUUGAAGCGGAUCAACAAAAUCAAUCGGACCGAGGGCUUUCUAGGAGUCAAGUAUGACUAUAAACCGAAAACGAACAUAAACUUUGAAGCUCGCAGAGCCACUGUUCGGAAUAUCCAACAGGAAAAUUUUGAAAUGCUAGAGAGAAUUCUGAAUGUGCCUCCAGAAAUCAAUGCAGCUGCACAAGAGAAAUCCUACAGAAAUUUACUUAAAUACAGAAAUAUUUGUGCAAAAUUUGCUGAUAAAAAUCAAACCUACCGAUGUAAACCGAAAGCAGUAGAUUGUCCAUGCAUCACCAUGGAGAUCUUCGAACGGACGGAUCGCAAACUUGGCACCAUCAAGAUCAUCACAGCGCGAAACACCCUUAUCGAUCAGCUGCGAAACCUGCGCGUCAACUGCAUCAACGGGAGCAUACACCGAAUCUACCAAAACCAAUACAUCGUCAUUCGGGGGCACUUUGAGGCACCGGAAUCCGAUAAAAGUGUACGCCGACAAUUGCUGGAGCAUGUCCCGAGCGGAUCGCUACUGAGGGCAGCCAUCAACGAACAGCCGGCGUUCAUGAUAACGCUGAAGGAUUUCGACCGGCUGGCCAAUUGUGAACUGUUGGGAACGGUUGCUCGUAGCAGUGAGAAUGUGCUGGAUUUGGUCAAUUACUAUGGAACGACCUACGGGAGAACGCUGGAACCGCUGAACUUCAGAUGCAAAUUGGUGGGGUAAACAUAAGAUUUGUUAAUAUGUUGUUCGACAAUAUGUCCAAAUCCAGAAUUUGCGUGUAAAUUUGGCAUAA